AUGGAUAAGUAUACAAGAAUAAAAAUGAUUGGAAAGGGUAACUUUGGUGAUGUUUGGCUGGUUGAAGACAACAAAGGAUAGGUAUAGGAUUGAGAAAACAAAAGAAAUUUGCCCUCAAGUUAAUCGAUUUGUAAUUUUAGAGUGUUGACCCAACAAAUGAAGUUACAUUGUUGAAGGUUUUGAAACAUCCAAAUAUCAUAAAAUACUAUAACUCAUUUGUGUAGAAUGAUUAAUUAUGCAUUUUAAUGGAAUUUGCAGAAAAUUGUAUUUCAAAAUCAUAUCUAAAAUGUAGAUGAUCUAUAAAUAUAUACUAAAAGCAAUCCAGCAAAUAUAUUAAAUUGGUUUACAUAAUUGUGUUAAGCAGUAUAAUACUUACAUUAAAUGAAUAUUGUCCAUAAAGAUAUAAAAAUGAAAAAUGUGUUUUUGACCAAAGAUGGCAUAGUAUAAAUAUAUAUAGAUAUUUAGAUCAAAUUAGGAGACUUUAGUAUUUCUAGAAAAUUAGAUGCCUCAUUGAAUCUUACAUAAUUAGGUAUAUUACAAUGAAUUGAUAUUGUGAGGUACUCCUUAUUAUUUGUCACCUGAGAUUUGUGAGUCUAAACCAUCCAAUACAAAAAGUGAUAUUUGGGGUUUGGGAUGUCUCCUCUAUGAAUUGUGCACUAAACAAAAGCCAUUUUAAGGAUAAUCUUUACCUGAAGUUUUCAAAAAUAUCAUAACAAGUGAAACUCCCAAAUUACCUGAUGGAUUCCCUUCGGUUUAUUAGGAUAUAAUAAAUUAAUGUUUAUAAAAGAAUCCUUAAGAGAGACCUGAAAUCUCAUAACUCUUAGAAAUUCCAGAAAUAAAGAAGGAGAGAAUAAAAUUCUCAUAGUUAUAUAAAUAGAGAUUGAUAGGAAUGCUCAAAUAAAUCGAUAAUACAUAAUCUGAAUCGAUUUAAACUAAUAUAAAGUAAAUGCACAAACCUAUCUUUACUCCAUAAAAUAAAUCAUAAUCAUUAUUAUUUAAAAAUCUAUUCUCAGAAUAAAUAUAAUCAAACAUUAAAAAACCAAUGACAAAGAAAAUCAUUUCAAUUGAUACUGAUUUAAUACAAAAGGAAGAUUAAUUAUAAUAAUAGAAUGAAACCCCAACAUAAUUUGCUAAAUAAUUAUUUAACCCAAAAACCCCUACUUCUCCGAAUAGGAAUUUAUUAUUAGCAGAUUUUUUGAAGAAAAAACUUGGAGAGUAAAAGUUUUUAGAUGUUCGCUAGAUUCUUGAAGAGUCUUAGAAUCCAAUAUAAUUGUUAGAUCAAAAAGAAAUCAUGAUGAACUUAAUGGGAGAGGAGAAUUUAGAAUGUGUUAAAGUAUUAAUCAUCAAAUUAACUUUAUAGAUAUUUAAAAUAUUAAUAUGUAAUUGCACUACUCUACCAGGUAAUCAUUUUCGAUAGAUGAAUAAUUACUAAUUUUUAAGAGAUAAAGUUGGUUCAUAACCAGAUUUGGAUUAGAACGUAAAGACUAAUAAUUUUUGA